AGAAAGCGAGUAGAGGUUUCUCUGUUAACUGUGACGUUGCUGUGCUCUGUAUCUCCAGGUCAAUGCAAGGCCCCUGAAAUGUUUUCAUUUGCCAAGCCUGUUAACCCAUCUGAUAAGUCCGAGUUUCCCAUUGGGACAUCUUUGAAGUAUGAAUGCCGCCCAGGUUACAGAGGCAAACCAUUCUUUAUCACCUGCCAAGAAAACUCGGUCUGGACAAACACUGAUGACAAGUGUAGACGUAAAUCAUGUAGUAAUCCUGCAGAGCCUAUAAAUGGCCUGGUGCAUGUAGACACAGACAUCCAGUUUGGAUCAAGAAUUAAUUAUACCUGUAAUAAAGGAUACCGACUCAUUGGUCCCUCCUUUGCUGUAUGCAUCAUCUCAGGCAAUACUGUCACUUGGGAUAAGGAAGCACCUAUUUGUGAGGAUAUUCUUUGUGGGCCACCCCCAGCCAUCGCCAAUGGAAAUUUCUUUAGCACCGACAGAGAAUAUUUUCAGUAUGGAUUGGUGGUGACCUACCGCUGCAAUCUUGGAGACAGAGGGAAAAGGGUGUUUGACCUCGUGGGCGAGCCCUCGAUAUACUGCACCAGCCAUGACGAUCAAGUGGGCGUCUGGAGUGGCCCUCCCCCUCAGUGCAUUAUACCUAAUAAGUGCACGCCUCCAGAGGUGGAAAACGCAGUAAUGGUAUCUGGCAACAGAAGAUUAUUUUCCUUAAAUGAAAUUGUGGAGUUGAGGUGUCAGCCUGGCUUUGUCAUGAAAGGACCCCCCAGUGUGCAGUUAUGUCAGCCACCUCCAGAAAUCCUGCAUGGUGGGCAUACCCUAAGCAACAAGGGCAACUUUUCCCCCGGGCAGGAAGUGCUGUACAGCUGUGAGCCCGGCUAUGACCUCAGAGGGGCUGCUUCUCUGCGCUGUACACCCCAGGNAAUAUGUCAGCCACCUCCAGAAAUCCUGCAUGGUGGGCAUACCCUAAGCAACAAGGGCAACUUUUCCCCCGGGCAGGAAGUGCUGUACAGCUGUGAGCCCGGCUAUGACCUCAGAGGGGCUGCUUCUCUGCGCUGUACACCCCAGGGAGACUGGAGCCCUGCAGCCCCCAGAUGUGCAGUAAAAUCAUGUGAUGAGUUUCUGGACCAACUCCCUAAUGGCCGUGUGCUGUUUCCACUUACUCUCCAGCUUGGGGCAAAGGUGUCCUUUGUUUGUGAUGAAGGUUUUCGAUUAAAAGGCAGCUCUGCUAGUCACUGUGUCUUGGUUGGAAUGGAAAGCCUUUGGAAUAGCAGCAUUCCUGUGUGUGAACAAAUCUUUUGUCCGAGUCCUCCAGCUAUCCCUAAUGGGAGACACACAGGAAAACCUCUGGAAGUCUUUCCCUUUGGAAAAGCAGUACAUUAUUCAUGUGACCCCCACCCAGAUGGAAGGAUGACCUUCCACCUCAUCGGAGAGAGCACCAUUCACUGCACAAGUGACCAUCAAGGGAUAGGGAUUUGGAGCAGCCCUCCUCCCCGCUGUGGACUUCUGGGUCACUGUAAGGCCCCAGAUCAUUUUCAGUUUGCUAAGUUGAAAACCCAAACCAAUGAAUCUCAUUUUCCCAUUGGAACAUCUUUAAAAUAUGGAUGCCGCCCUGAGUAUUAUGGGAGGCCAUUCUCUAUCACGUGUCUAGAAAACCUAGUCUGGUCGCAUCCCAAAGAUGUCUGUAAACGUAAAUCAUGUAGUAAUCCUGCAGAUCCUAUGAAUGGCCUGGUGCAUGUAGACACAAGCAUCCAGUUGGGAUCCAUAAUUAACUAUUCCUGUAAUAAAGGGUACCGGCUCAUUGGUCGCUCAUCUGCUCAGUGUGUCAUCUCAGGCAGUGCUGUACACUGGGACACAGAGCCGCCCACUUGUGAACGUAUUCUUUGUGGGCCACCCCCAGCCAUUGCCAAUGGAAAUUUCUUUAGCACCGACAGAGAAUAUUUUCAGUAUGGAUUGGUGGUGACCUACCGCUGCAAUCUUGGAGACAGAGGGAAAAGGGUGUUUGACCUCGUGGGCGAGCCCUCGAUAUACUGCACCAGCCAUGACGAUCAAGUGGGCGUCUGGAGUGGCCCUCCCCCUCAGUGCAUUAUACCUAAUAAGUGCACGCCUCCAGAGGUGGAAAACGCAGUAAUGGUAUCUGGCAACAGAAGAUUAUUUUCCUUAAAUGAAAUUGUGGAGUUGAGGUGUCAGCCUGGCUUUGUCAUGAAAGGACCCCCCAGUGUGCAGUGCCAGGCCCUAAACAAAUGGGAGCCAGAGUUACCAAGCUGCUCCAGGGUGUGUCAGCCACCUCCAGAAAUCCUGCAUGGUGAGCAUACCCCAAGCAACAAGGAUGACUUCUCCCCUGGCCAGGAAGUGCUCUACAGCUGUGAGCCCGGCUAUGACCUCAGAGGGGCUGCUUCUCUGCGCUGUACACCCCAGGGAGACUGGAGCCCUGCAGCCCCCAGAUGUGCAGUGAAAUCCUGUGAUGACUUCCUGGACCAACUCCCUAAUGGCCGUGUGCUGUCUCCACUGAAUCUCCAGCUUGGGGCAAAGGUGUCCUUCAUUUGUGAUGAAGGGUUCCAUUUAAAGGGCAGUCCCAUUAGUCACUGUGUCCUGGUUGGAACAAGAAGCCUUUGGAAUAACAGUGUUCCUGUGUGUGAACAAAUCUUUUGUCCAAAUCCUCCAGCAAUCCAUAAUGGCAGACACACAGGAACUCCUGGAGGAGAUAUUCCCUAUGGAAAAGAAAUAUCUUACACCUGUGACCAUGACCCAGACACAGGAAUGACCUUCGACCUCAUUGGGGAGAGCACCAUCCGCUGCACCAGUGACAGUCAAGGGAAUGGUAUUUGGAGUGGCCCUGCCCCCCACUGUGAACCUUCUGUUCUUGUAGGUAUAGGAUAUACCAAGAGAUAUUCUCCCAUAACUAACAAGUACUUUGAAUCUGUCCCUUCUAUAGUGUGUCAGCCACCUCCAGAAAUUGCUCAUGGUGAACGUAUCCCAAGGGACAAAGUGGACUUCUCUCCCGGGCAGGAAGUGCUCUACAGCUGUGAGCCCGGCUAUGACCUCAGAGGGGCUGCUUCUCUGCACUGUACACCCCAGGGAGACUGGAGCCCUGCAGCCCCCAGAUGUGCAGUGAAAUCCUGUGAUGACUUCCUGGACCAACUCCCUAAUGGCCGUGUGCUGUCUCCACUGAAUCUCCAGCUUGGGGCAAAGGUGUCCUUCAUUUGUGAUGAAGGGUUCCGGUUAAAAGGCAGCUCUGCUAGCUACUGUGUCUUGGCUGGAAAGAAAAGCCUUUGGAAUAGCAGCAUUCCCGAGUGUGAACAAAUCUUUUGUCCAAAUCCUCCAGCGAUCCAUAAUGGGAGACACAUAGGAACUCCUGGGGGAGAUAUUCCCUAUGGAAAAGAAAUAUCUUACACCUGUGACCACGAUCCAGACACAGGAAUGACCUUCAACCUCAUUGGGGAGAGCACCAUCCGCUGCACCAGUGACAGUCAAGGGAACGGGAUUUGGAGUGGCCCUGCCCCCCGCUGUGAACUUUCUGUUCUUGUAGAGGUAAAAUGUAGCCUUCCACAGUUUAUGAAUGGAAUCCGGAAGAAGUUGGAAAUGAGAAAAAUAUAUCGCUAUGGAGAUAAUGUAACUUUGGAGUGUGAAGAUGGGUAUGCUCUAGAAGGCAGUUUCUGGAGCCAGUGCCAGGCAGAUGACAGAUGGGACCCUCCUCUGGCCAUAUGUACAUCUCGUAAGAGAGACUGUAUUUCCCUUGGUAUGAUCUUUAUUUUAGCCAUCCUUGUUCUCUGUUGGAUAAUUCUAAAGUGCAAAAAUGGCAAGAGUACAGACGAAAAAUCUCAAGAAGAGAUGAUCCAUUUACAUACUCAAAAAGCCAGCUGUGUUCAUUGCCAAACUCUGCAAACAAAUCAGGAAAAUAUCAGGGUCCUUCCUUGACAAAGUACUAGAAAACUGGAGAACACCUUGAAUUAAACGAUGGUUGGAAAGGAGCCAAUUCAUUUCAACAGAGUAAGAUCUGAGAUUCACAAAGUCUUUGAAG